ACUGACCUACGUGAGCUGUGACCCCCAGUGUGUCUCUGUGUCGCCAGUCUCCUUGUGCCAUGGCUAACGAGGCACAGCCCUGUCCAUGUGACAUCGGCCACAGGAUGGAGUACGGCGGGAUGGGCCAGGAGGUGUCCGUGGAGCACAUCCGGGCCUAUCUGACCAGGGCGCCUGUGAACAGUGGCAGAGCUGUGCUGGUCAUUCAGGACAUCUUUGGCUGGCAGUUGCCCAAUACCAGAUACAUGGCCGACAUGAUUGCCAGCAAUGGCUUCACGACCAUCCUUCCAGACUUCUUUGUGGGGCAGGCCUGGGACCCCAACGGGGACUGGUCCACCUUCCCUGUGUGGCUGAAAACCAGAAAUGCCAGGAAAAUUGAUAAAGAAGUGGAUGCUGCCCUCCGGUUCCUAAAGCAACAGUGUGGUGCGAGAAGUAUUGGUGCUGUGGGCUUCUGCUGGGGGCGGGGGUGGCCGUGGCACCAUGUGAUGACCACAUACCCUGAGUUCCGUGCCGGGGUGUCCAUCUAUGCAUCAUCCCGGGAACCAGGGGAUGUGUAUGCCUUAAAGACCCCAACGCUGUUCAUGUUCGCCGAGAAUGACACUGUGAUUCCGCUGGAACAAGUCUCUCUGCUGACCCAGAAGCUGAAGGAGCACUGCAAAGUUGAAUAUCAGAUCAAGACCUUUUCGGGCCAGACUCACGGCUGUGUGCAUCGCAAGAGAGAGGACUGUUCGCUCGAAGACAAGCCCAACAUUGACGAGGCCAGAAGGAACUUGCUCGAGUGUCUCAAUAAGUAGUGUCUAGGC